GAGAAGAAAUACGUUCGUGUAGUGACAGUGAUGAGUGCUGGCAUUGUGGGCUGUUAUCGUGGUUGUUUCUAGUGCGGGGAUUUCCCCGAUUUUUCCAGCAGUUCUCUGAGAAUAUGGGGAGACUCGGCAAGAGCUCUCCGGCGGUUACAGUGAAUUACAGGAAACUGGUGGACGAGCACAGCAGCAGCUGCGACAGUCUCAGAAUCAUGCCAGCGCUGCCGGACUUUUUUUCUUAUUCUUGUCAUCAGUGCGGGCACAAGCAGAAGUUACAGGCAGAAGAACUGAACUCGAUCCUAGGCAAUGCUUUCAAGAUGGCGUACGCAGCACAGCUGCAAAAACAGUCUAGCUUUCAAGAUGUAAUAGCAACUCAAUUGGAGCAGUCACAAACGGAUAAAGUACUUUGGACGAAAGAGCUGUCAGCCUCCCACCGCCCCUCGGCGCCCUCAGCCACCAUGGAGCGCGAAGAUGGUGGUCCCACGGUGCGCGCCAACCCGCCAUCCUCCAUACCGGGCCUGAAUAACCCUCUGCACCAGAACCGCUUCGGCGGUGACAAGUCGGCGUCGCAGCUGUCGACGCCCAGCAGCGACGAGAGCAACUCGCCCACGGAGAUGAACUCGUACAAGCGCAUGGCCGAGAAGCCGCCCCUGAUUAAGAGGAUAGCCAUGGGCUUGACGGGGGGCAGCGGCAGGAACGAUGAGGACAGCUGCCCGCUUGUGGGAGACGCCAACAACCCCAGCACUCCGAAUAGUCCGACGAACCGGCCACUCUCGGGUGGUUACGUCAACGAAACCGAAGAAUCCCGAAACAGAUCAAUAAACAAUGCUGCCGAAAACCUCAAAAACGAACAGACCGAUGCACCCAACAUAACCAAGCACAUAGAACCUUCUAAAACCGAUAGGGAAUUGAAAACGAAGCGGAUAUCGCAAAUCAGCUCGAGCAGUUCCAGCUCCGGCCAGCAUGGCACCCAAGAUCCUGGCUUCACGCGUUACCCCCCACUCCCGCCCGAACGCACGGACUCGCUGACCGACAAGGAGGAGGAGGAGCUGCGGAUAGCGCCCUGGUACCAGGCGGGCAUCCCCAGGGAGAUAGCGCUGGAGAUCCUGGCGCGCGAGCCAGUUGGCGCGUUUAUGGUACGCCAGAGUACCAGCAAGCCGGGCUGCUUCGCCUUGUCGCUGCGGGUGCCCAGGACGUUCCAGCCCACGGGGAUUGCGCACUAUUUGAUCGUGAGGGUGAAUAAGAGCUAUAAAAUUAAGGGCUUCACGAAAGAAUUCAUAUCGCUCACGUCUCUCAUAACGCAUCACUCGGUGAUGCCGGAACUGCUACCCUGUCCUCUAUCUCUCAGCCGCUACCUGCCCAACUUCGCCAAAUCCGAUUCCAAGAGGGACUUCGCCGACAUUGACCUGGAUCCCGACUACAACUGCUUCACCGAUUUCAGGAAAAUGAUGGCAGACAUUUGAACGUCCGAAACCAAUGAGACUGGCUUCGGAAAGCCAUUCUGAGGAAAAAACCACUGGCAUGACUACUAUCUAGACCGCUAUAUAUAUGUCAUACCUCUGCAUCUCGAACAUCUCAUCCAAAUUGCUCACCUGAAAAUGCUUUUGUCACUCAUAACAAGCCAUGGUGAGGGAAAAUGCAACACCGCAUCGCAGUGACCCGAAAGUCCUCUUAUCGACUGGCGACCACGGCGACAAACAAACAUUGGUACCUACACGCUAACCGUGCUAACGAAACGUCAACUCCUGGCUUUGUAAUAAUUGAACUUUAAUGAAAAAAUAAUAGCAAGGAAUUAUUGAGGAAACUGCUGUUUCAACUAACUGGAGGUGUCUGUCAAUUUUUUCCGAGUCGAUCUAUCUGAAAGAGAAAUUGUAUAUAUCCAAAAACAUAUGUUUCAACGAAAUGAUGCACGCACUGCAGAAUGUUGGGAGGGGGUCCAAUUUUUACGAGGUAUUGCAGAUACCUAUCCACGUUUUCCUCAGUUCUUCCACAGUAAGGGUGUUUAGUGUGGUUCUUCAUCUUUAGGAAAUCGAAACAUACUUCUUUUCCCAAGCGUAAUUUGACUUACACAGUUAACAAUUGAUGAUUCGGAAUGUUGUUGAAAGAAAUAUUGAAAUUACCAGCGAACAUACAUAUUAGACUGUAUGUACGCUGAAAUUACUUAUACUUUGCUUCC